GGGGGGGGGGGGGGUGCUGCGCUUGCGUGCUUGCCGUGUCUUCCAACAUCCAUGCAAACCACAUUUUUGGCCAACGCGACCAAACUGAGCCUCGUGGAGCGGGUGACCAUCGCCACCUUGACCACCUCCUUCUGCUUGAUGUUCCUUUCGGUCAACGCGCUCAUGCUCUUCGUCCUGAGAAGCAAAUCCGUCUUUCGGGAGACGUCGCGAUACAUCCUGCUCUACAAUCUACUGCUGGCCGAUACGUUGCAGCUGACCUUCAGCCAACUGAUGUACUUGCUGGCGGCCAGCCGCGUCACCCUCUCGUAUCCCGUUUGCGGCGUGCUCAGCAUGCUCACCAGCCUCCUCAGUCGGAUGUCUCCGUUGGUGCUGGUGGUCAUGUCGCUGGAGAGAUACGUGGCUGUUUGCCAUCCUCUCAGGCACGCCUCCAUCAUCACCGUCAGGAACACCACGUGGGCCGUGCUGGCCGUGUGGGCUUUUUGUUUCCUCAAUAAUCUCAUCCAGGGGCUUUUAUUGAUCACCUUUCCAUUCCGGCGGCUGAAGAGUCUGCAAAUGACGCAGCCGUGCACCUACGGCGCCAUGUUCCUCGUGCCGCUUUCUGAAUUGUACGCUAACAUUUACACGUAUUUCUCGUUCGCCUCGGCGAGCCUGAUCAUCGUUUUCAGCUACGUCGGCGUGGUGGUGUCAGCCAGGUCGGCGGCCGCGGACAAGCACUCGGUCCGUAAAGCGCGGAACACGCUGCUCAUGCACCUGGUGCAGCUCGGCCUCAGCCUCUUAUGUCUGAGUUCUCUCAUCUACGGGCUGAGAGAUCAGAGCCUGCGGGUCGUGCUCGUGUACUUUUGUUUGCCGUCACCUCGGAGGGUCAGACGCUCCUGAUAAAGCCGCGACUGUUUCCUGAGAGGAUCUCGCUUUUGUUACUACCCUCACCUCAGACGCAUUUUGACUUCACACGCUCUACUGCCUUCAACACACACACACACAC